GAAACGAAAGUGUCUUUCAUACGAGCAACAAUUUCCUUUAUUUUUCACAUUCAUGAGUGUUGCUGCAAUGCUUACUUUAUUGGACUUAAACGAUGAUUGUUUGCUGCAUAUUUUGAAAUUCUUCAGUUUAUUGGAACUAAUCAAAAUUCGAGGAACAAGUAAUCGUCUCGAUAACUUACUUCGCCAAUGUCGUCAUAAAUAUGCAAAUUUGAAUUUCAUGGAUUCUCACCAGGAAUACUACUAUGGGUCACCAAAUACGUUUCAUGACGUUUUGCGAUUUUUGGGUCCGACGAUAAAAUCUAUUAAAAUAAGUAGUCGCAAUAAUUCGAGAGAUAUUUCGUGGAUCGAGCAAUUUUGCGUGAAUUUAGAGACUUUAGAAUUUAAUUACUUAAAUUUUGAAAAUGACACAGAGUUUGACAAAUUUACAGCAAUCAUAAGUAAUUUAAGGUCUCUAACAAUUUACAGCAACAAGAAAAAGAAUUUUAAUAACUAUUUCGGGAAUCAAGUGGUUAAUGCACCGAAAUUAGAAGAACUGAGAAUAACUUGCGACUUUAACUGGUGCAACAUGGGAAAAUUUUUUAAAAACAUAAAAAGUCUUAAAUCUUUUAGUUUUCAUAUUCGUGCAAAAAUGAAGCCAAAAUUUUGCCUAGAAUUUUUAAAACAUAACUUACAAUUGAUGAAUUUGGAAAUAUCUUACUUUUCGGUUGAAAAUGGUCCAGACUUGGUGAAUUUUAUUGCGAACGAACUCAAAGGCAUUGAAAGUUUGAAGUUUUAUGCGGGAGAUGUCACAAACUUGGAGCUAUUGGCUGACUUACCAAACUUGAAAAAAUUAUCAGUUUUGAAGAAACAUGAUUCUAAUUUUGAUCCAUCAUCUGCAGUUAAUAACUUACUUGAGAAGUUAAUCGAAAAAAAUAAUCUCCAAAAACUUGAAAUUUCACAAAUUUCUAUUGAUAAUGAUCUCAUUGCAAAAUUAACGAACCUGAAAAGUUUGUCGUUGGAGAUCUAAAAAUUGACGUUCAAAAAUUAAAAACUUCAGAUGAGUUAAAAUCACUUAAUGAUUUUCUUAAAAUGGCAAAUUUAUAUCAAAAUUUAUUUUGGAAGAACCAAGAGCAACUACUUUAAAAUUUAUUUAGAGAAAAUUUUGAUGAGAAAUGAAUAUGUAACGAAUAAUGUAUUAAUUUUUUAUAAAACGAAUUACACAUUUUUAUUAUUAUUUAUUAAAUUCAAUUUAUUUAUUAAAAUAUUUAUUAAUCAACCUUAAAAACUAAUUUUAAAUAUUAAAAGUAAAACUAUGAUUUUUUUUAUUUUAUGCUUAAACAUUUAUAAAUAUUAUAUAACUAAUGUUAAAGAUUUUUAUACAAAAAUUUUAUUAAAAUUAUUAUAUAAAUGUUUUAAUAUUUAUAGCUAAUUUAAUAUGUUAAGCUUUAUAAUAAUCUGGUCUAAAAUAUAAAAUCCGAACACAAAAUAGAGGAAUUAGGAAAUCAUGAUAUUAUAAGGUAUUCAACUAUUACAAUUAAACAAUAAUAUUUUUUUUUUUCGAAAUGCUUGUCAUGCAGACUGACGUUGACUUUUUAUUUAAACGGGAAAAUUUUCCAGAACGCGUCCGUGUGAGAAAAUGGAAACCAGGAAGCGAACGACGUAAUGGCUCUAGUCAGUCGGACAUUAAUCGAUUUUAAGGAGAUUAAUCGAUUAAGUAUUUUAAUUGAUUUUUUAGUUAAAUACUUUUUAGCUUUUAGAUUAAUUAAGAAUAAUUUUUUUCAUCAUCAUUUUAGUCAAUUGUAUGAUGAUCAUAUUUCAAGAGAGACAUUUAUAAUUAGAAUAUUGAGGGAAAUAAAAAUUUUAUAUACUGACAGGAUCUAAAUAUUAUGUUAAAUUUAAGAUCUA